AAACUAUAAAAAAAAUUAUUUUUUUUUAUUUUUUUAAUUUUAUUUAUUUUUAUUUAUUUUUGUUUGUUUAUUUAAUUUUAAACCAAGGGUAUUAGGGAUAUUUUACACUUUAAUGAAUGUCAUUUUUGUGACUUUCUCCUUCUAGUGCUAUUUUUGAGACAUAAACUUUAAAAUGUGCUAUUAUUGACAAUUGCCCAUAUUUAAAUCGUCUGUGGAUGAAGAAUAUCAAUUACUAAUUCACCAAAAUAUGAAAAUAGUUCAGUAAUUUAAAAUUAAAACAGUUUAACAAAUCUCUCUAUAAAUUAUAUGAACAAAUAGGCAAAGAAAAGUGUGAAUGUUUUUUUUACCAAAAAUGUAAUUUUAAAUAAGAUUUAACAGUUUGGUGGUAAAAAUAAAAUUUAGGAUAAAAAAAUAAUUUCUAAUAAAAAGUUAAUUUAUUACUUUUCAUUAUGGCCGUUUUAGGUUUUAUUUAAAAAAUUCAAUACACCUGGAAAAUCAUCGAAAUUAAAAAAAAAUUAGUUGGAUUUCGAUGUAGAUAUUUUGAUCAAUAAAAAAAUAUAAAUAAACAAAGUAAAUAAAGUUUGAAUAAAUAAAUAAAUUAUUGAAAAGCAGAGGGAAAAACAGGAAAAUGAUAUUUAUAUAUAUAGGCCCAUAUGUUUGGCCCAAGUCUUAACGAACUCAAAUUUAACUCUUAAUUUCAAAAUACAAUCCCUCACCAAAAACUCCUUCGCAGCCCAGCGAUUUUCAAAUCUUCCCUCCGCGUCUGAGCUCCGUCGGCGAUUGUCUCUCCGGUGCCGUUGAACGUUAGCCGUUAGCGCCUACUACAUAAUCAACUAUAGAACGAUCGAAUCGGUAAAAUUUUACUUUCGCUGCUCGUCGUUCGAGUAGAAUCUCACCGUAAUGCGUCCUUCUAACUUCGAAUUGUUAAGGCUCAGCGAUUGCCGAUCGUCGAUCGUUAUCGCUGAACAUGAAUCUGUUGGAGGCAGCGAUUAUGCGUAGAUUGUAGUUAAGAAAGUUCGAUCAGUGUGAAAACUAUGUUCGAUUUCACCUGGAAAUGGCCUUGAUUGGCUUUUCUCCAUGGCUACAAUCUACGAAUCGCCUGAGUUUUGUGCUUGAUUAGUGUUGAAUCUCAUAUUUUAGCUCCUGCUAAAUACUCGCUUCUCUUUGUUUUACUAGCUAAGCUUAUAGGUUAUUAGAAUGUUGCUGGAACUUAUGAUUUGUGGCGUAAGUUGAUUUUGAUUAUUGGCUGCCUUAUGCUGAUCAUAACAUAACGGAUUAGUGUUUUCGUAAGAGAGUGCUAGAAUGAUUAUCAUGGUAGCUUGUUUUCUUUGCAGUAAAUUGUCAAGAGUAGUACUGAGCAGAGUUCGCCAUGUCUACACCUGCUAAAAAAAGCUCUACAGAAGCUAAGGAGAAUGAUCUAAUGUUUGACAAAGACAUGGAAAAGGAUACAUGGGACUUUAAGUCAAUGACAGAUGAUGAUCCAAUGGAUUUUGGAUAUGGUUCACCAGCAAAUAAAGAUAAGAAAAAGAAUGCUUUCAACAUGGAUAUGAGUUUCGACCUGGGUGGAGAUUUCGGAUCAUCAUUCAAAAUGGACAUGCCAGACUUUGAUUUCUCUAGCCCGGCCAAGAAAACCACAAAAACAAAACAAAAGUCUGAUGAUAAUGGAGAUCUAAAACAGAAAAAGAAUCCGUUUCACUUCUCUUGUGAUUUUGACGCGUUAGGUGACUUGGAUCUUGAUUCAAGCUCACUGAAGAAGGGAAACGAGACUACGACCAAGUCCAUGGAUUUCGAAGAAUUUGCUGGUUCAAAAUUUUUUGAUAAGUCUGACUCUUUGGACUUUGGUCCAGACUUACCAACAACUAAACAAUCUGUCUCCCGGGCAAAUACAGAUGUCAAGGCAAAUGCUUCAGCUGAAAAAGAAAACCAAAAUUCUAAGGGUGCAGAUAGUAUGAGCAGCACACACUCGAAGCAAGCUGAUAGUAACAGCAGCACACACUCGAAGCAAGCUACACUAGAGAGCAAGGAAAAUUUUGAGGAGGUGGAUUCACCUCAACGUCUAAGGAUGAUAACCUCUCGAUUUCAUACAGUGCGUGGACGACCUCAGCCUGCCAACAUUUCACCCUUGAGGACAUCAUAUUCAAAGGUUGAAGAAAAUAAUAAACCCUGUCUUUCAAAUGAGAAAGCAGAACCCUCGCCAUUACAUUCUUCUGAGACUGCACAUACUGCAGCAAGCAGAGAAACCAGUCCAGGAAGCCAUGAAAUCUGCAGGUCUGGCACGAAAGAAGAUUCUCCUAGAGAUACAGAAGAGAAUGCCAACAACAAAAUGAUUUCCGCCACAAAAUCAAGUUAUGAGAAGACUGAACCAAACAUCUCAUCUCUUUCAUGUUUGAACAAGAUCAAACAUCAACAAGAAGAGAUGGAUAUAGACACUCAGGCAGAAAUACAAGAUCACACUAGAAGAACAUUAUGUGUUCCAGAUGCCGGUCAUUCUCAAACAACUCUCCCAGGAAAAGUACCAUCAGGUUCUCAACUAGGCCAAACUGCCCAGGUACAAGAUUCGAGUUCAAAGCUGCCACAGGAUCCAUCCGACAGCGUGCCCAGGCUCAGUGAUUUGAAGGCCAUGCAAAACAGUGACUCAGGACAGAUCAGAUCCAUGUUUUUCAAGAAGAUAGAAAAACCACAAUCACAUGUGCUUGAGUCUCCAACUCAAACAGAGAUUCGUCCAGUUACACGUGAAAGGAUUGGGUCGAAUGUGAACCCUACAAUUGAUAAACGACAAGAUACUGAAGAUGCCUUACCUGGAUCCAAAACUAGAACAGCUCCAACAGAGCUUUCCAAAACGGAUUCAGAAACAGCAAAUGUCAAUACUAACAGCAGUUCCCAUGAAAAGAUAAUCCAGAAGGACCACUCGGGUACCAGGACUGUAGAAAAUGUGGCCGGACUGAUGGAUGGCUUACAGCUGCUAGCUAAAAAUACAACCAGAGAGAAGUCUACCAUACAGGGCAAUAUAAGCAGCUCAAACCCCGAUGCUUCUAGCUUGACUGAGAAGCUAAACAAACAUUUGAGUUCUGGAGGCGAAUCUUUGCAGAAGUCCAAAAUGGUAUCGCUUGAAAGGCCUAAACUUGGAAAUAUUAUGUCUGAUAUGCGUGCAGCAACUCAAAGGGCCAUUGGAGUAAACAAAGACCAACCAAAUUCUGCAGUGCAACCACAAGUUAACCCUUCCACAAGGAAUGAGAGAAAUACCGAGGCACCGAUUAGAAAGAGCUCUGAGAUUCAUCGUUUGGCUCCCAGAGACAGAACACAAGCCCUGCAGUAUAGGAACGUUGGAGUAAAGAAAGACCAAACCAGUUCUGCAGUGCAACCAGAAGUUAGCUCUUCCGCAAGGAAUGAGAAAAAUACCGAGGCGCUUGUUAGAAAGAGCUCCGAGAUUCACCACUUGGCGCCCAGAGACAAAACACAAGUCCUGCAGUAUAGGACAAUUGGAGGAAAAAAAGACCAACACAGUUCUGCAUUGCAACCAGAAGCUCGCUCUUCCAUAAGCAAGGAUAGAAAUACCGAAGCGCCAGUUAAAAAGAUCUCUGAGAUUCAUCAUCUGGCUCCCAGAGAGAAAACACAAAUCCUGCACUGCCCACCUUCUUUAAAGCGGAAAGCUCUCGACGAGGAUGCCGAUAGAUCAUUGAUGCCACAACUUAAACGCUUUUCCAUGUCUCCAAGAGAAAACAGGAACGUUAAGGAGCUAACACACACAGUUGGGCAAGUAAAGGUGUCAAGCCAAGCGAGUAGACUAGAUAACAAUACAACCAAGCAGCUUGUCAAGGAAAGCCCCCGGGCUAAAUCUCAGCCCCAGUGCAUGAACAUGGCAAAUCUGGAAAUCCCGAUCACGGAGUAUGAUGAGAACAUUGAGAAGGCUGAAUCAUAUACAAAAGAACUCGACAACAUCUGCAACAUUCUGAAGAAGAAACAUGAGGAGGCCAAAGAGUUGCUUGUCCGUGCUGUCGUAAACAACAAUAAGCUACUGAUGCUCAACCAUCCUUUACAUGAAGACAAAAUUCGUAUGGUCCAGAAUUUCGCAGCUAAGUUGAGUUUAGGGGAGACAUGAUGAAACACUCAAACAACUGUUGCUUUACGAGGUUCAACACCUUAUGGUCAAAAGUCCAGAAACGUGGACGUCACACUAGUCCAAGGUAUUUGAUCAUCUUUCUCAUUUUGCUGGUUAAAUAAAGGUGAACAAAACGUGAAUGUUGGAACUUAAUAUAUAAACACAAUAAACAAUCACCACUAUAGCUUAAGAAAAAUUGAUCCAGAUGAACUUAGAAACUGGUAAUAUGUGUUUUGUUAUUUGACUUCUUUCAAAAUACGUGAAAGGUAACAUCACCAAUCAUCACAUCCACACACCGAGUUAGAUGAUUGAUAAAGUUGAAUAUUUGGUUAGUGUCAUUUCAAAAUGAAAUGGGUUUGAAUAUUUACACAUAAAUAACAUACAUAUUCAACAGUCUAAAGAUAUGAUAUAUGGGCACGAAUAUACCCAAUAACAAUUAAUCUACUGGGCCCAAAUUAAGAAUUGAUUUUCUAUUGCAAACAAAUACCUGUUUCUUCCCCUCAUUCUUCUUGGCGCACAUUCUAAACCAAAUAGGCGCUAAAAAUACUGAAAUGAUUUUGAGAUCAAAACUUCUCUAAGUAAAAUAUAAAAGUAAAAAGUUCGACCCGAAUAGAAAUAGAGAAUCUUCUUAUUUCUUUUUCACCACGAUCCCUCCAUUACAAUUUACACAUAGCGUCAGAAGUUUUAUAACCAUUCUCAAAACAAAAAUAAUCCCUCCACAAAAUUCGAAAACAAAUCUGAGAUCCAUCAUUUUCACUCCUAUUUACACUGUAGUUUACACACUUCACUCCAUCAGUUCCUUCCUCAUAUACUCAACUCCAUCUCCUGACUCCCUCUCUCUUCUCUUUUUUCUUUCUUUCUCCGUCGAGUUUUACAUCAAUGACAGCUCUGAAUUUAAUACCUGGAAACGACAACGAAGAAAACAUCUCCCCUUCAGAGAUGGCCACCGUUUCUGUCAAGCGGCCUCAAGAUAAAGACAAAACCAAAAUCAGAUUAAGAAGAAAAAGGUAUACAAGACAGCCUCUUCAAGACAUCACUAAUCUCUUUGUCUCAUCAUCACCAUUGCCCUCUUCGUUUCUGAAUCUUCAUAUGCCCUCUUCGCCAUCUCUGUCAGUUGUUCCCAAAUGCAUGAAGAGAAAAGCUGACGUUGCUCUCAAGGCUGCCACUUCUUCUACCUACUCUUGUAGAAAUUUCAGAUGAUUUUCUUCUUCUUUUUUCUUUUAUUGAAUUGGUUUUUAGUCCUCUAGAGAAGGUUCACUUAAGAAAAAUACAAGUAUUUAACCAAGCGCUCGUAGCUUGGUGGUAAAGGAGGUACAAUUGUACUGUCCGUCACCCAGGUUCGAGUCUUGGUCACAACGGAUUUAACAUCCCUUCCGUUGGGGCGCUGGACCCUUUUCGGGGGAUAGUUGGGAUUGUGACUGCCCAGAUACUAGAGUUAUCAAAAAAAAAAAAAAUACAAGUAUUUAUCAAUACCCUGUCUUUAACAUUCAUGCACUCAAGUACUAAUAGGUUCAGAGAGGCUACGAAUGAUAUAUUAGGCCGGCAUAAACUCCUAGUUCAAAAAUGACAAAGAGGAGCGAGCGGCAAACAGACCAAAUCAAAUUCGACUGAGACUAUGACUAUGACCAAUCCAAUAAAGAUGAGUUGAUAUAAACCUAUAAAUAAAUAAGUCUUGGAACAAGGACAUAUACAAAGAAGCACAAUACCUUGGAUAUAUCGGUGAACUAGAAGAUAUCUAAUAAAAAAAAUCCCUAAAAAUUAUAGUCUCGUUGUUGGUUUAUAAGAGCAUGGACGAUAUGCCUAAAAACAUCAGUGGUAUAUUGGUAUCGAUGCCCUCACCUAUAUAUAAAGCAUUGAUGAUGUUAUCACCACAUUACAAAGCACAAAGUAGAUCGUUGUUC